GGAAGGCAUGCGGACACUUCGAGCGCCUGUGCGGCUUGUGCCGGGUCUGCGUCGGUCGCCGCUGCUUCAGUGGUCGCUGCAGCGUCUCCCGGUCGCUGUCACGCAUCAGGAUUCAUUGGCGGGGCGUCGGCUCUCGAGCGCUGUCAGAGCUGCCGGGAUAUCUCGCCGCCAGUACAUCAGUCUCUACAACUACACGCCGCUGGACAAGAAGAAGCUGCCCAAGCUCCGACGAGACCUGCGCGAGCAGUGGGGGGACUUGGGCGUCGUGGGGCGCAUCUACAUCGCAGAAGAAGGCAUCAACGGCCAGCUGGUGGUGCCCGAGCCGGCAGUGAAGGCAUUCGAGAGGUCCUUCCCGCGGUUGCUGAGUGAUGCAAAGCUCUUUUACGGCCAGUUGAUUGAGGACAAGGCGCGCAGUGAAGGAGGGCUCAAGGCGGCUGAACCGUUCCACAAGCUGGAUGUUCGUAUUCGCGACAUGAUUCUGCACGACGGAUUUCAAGGUGGAGCGCUGAAUCUAAAGGACUCGGGCGAUUCCUUGCCGCCCGACCAGUGGCACGACAAACUCAAGACCAGGAACGAGACACAAGACUCCGACACGCUCGUGCUCGACGUCAGGAACUUUUACGAGCACGAGAUCGGACGCUUCGACGGCGCCACCAGGAUCAUGGUCGACACCUUCCGAGACACGUUCGACGCGCUGGACGAGAUCCUCGAGAAGCACGAGCAGCAGCACGACGGACAGAAGCCCAAACAGGUCAUGAUGUACUGCACCGGAGGCAUCCGGUGCGAGAAGGUGGGCGCGUACCUGACGCAGUACAAGGGCAUCUCGAACGUGCAUAAACUGCAUGGCGGCAUCGUCAACUACAUGCGGUUUCUCAAGGAGCAGCGGCAGGCGGCCGCGGAGGCGCGAGCUCGCUCGGCUGCUGCUGAUGAUGUUGCAGAAGAAGACGAAAAGGAGAUUUCUCUGUUCAAGGGCAAGAACUUCGUGUUCGACCAGCGCUGUGUGGGUGAGUUGACGGAGUCGGAGGAGGUGACGGACGACGUGCUGGGCAAGUGUUUCCAGUGCGGCGAGCCGUGCAACCACCACACCAACUGCAGCAACUUGAUGUGCCACGGACUCAUUCUGCAGUGCUCGAAGUGCGCAACAAGCAUGCUGGGGGCGUGCAGCGAGGCUUGCAAACAAGAGUACGUCAAAAUGGAAUCUAUGGACCCUGACGAGCAGCGCAGCUACAGGAAAGCGAACGCCUUGACGUGGAAACCUAAGAACCCCAACUCGGUCAAGUACAUCAAGUUCCGACCUCCAUCUCCAGAAUUGCUGCAAACGGCAUAG